AUGAAUGCACUCAUAUGGAAUAUAAGGUCAGUCAAGAAAAAGCAAGCUUUUGAAAGACUAAUCAACAUGAAUAAGCAGCAUCAUUUUCAAUUCAUAGGAAUCGUGGAACCAAAACAAAAACCUAGGAAGCUGGAGUGGUACAGGAGGAAGAAAGGUAUGUUGCAGGCUUGUGGUAAUGUAUCAAACAAAAUUUGGGUGUUUGUUGAUGAAGAUCAUGAUGUAGAUAUUUUGAUUAACAUGGAGCAACAGAUGACAAUGAGGAUUACAAACAUGGAUACGCAGGUAUCAAUCACAGUAACCUUUGUAUAUGCUAAAUGUGAUCCCACUGAUAGAAUAGAACUGUGGGAUAACAUGUAUUACCUAGCCAGAGAUAUGUCACUUCCUUGGCUUGUGGGGGGUGAUUUCAAUAUGAUAUGGGAUGAGGAGAAGAAGUUUGGUGGAUUGCCUGUUUCUCUAAAUGAGGUAGAUGACUUUAGACAUUGUGUUACCACAUGCAACCUCACAGAUUUAGGCUUUAAGGGUAGCAUAUAUACCUGGUGGAAUGGAAGAGCAGGAGAAGAUUGUAUAUUCAAGAGGCUGGAUAGGUGCCUAGCAAAUGCAGAGUUUCAGAACCUGAUGCCUGCCCUUGAAAUCACUCAUCUAUCAAAGGUAGGGUCAGAUCACAGUCCUAUGAUGCUAAACUGUAGAAACAAUAUGGUGCCAGUGAAAAAGCCUUUUAGAUUCCUCAAUUUCUGGACCAAACAUCCUACUUUUAAAUCUGUUGUAAAGGAAAACUGGAGUGCAGAUUUUGCUGCUGAUCCUUUUAUUAUGUUCAAUCUCAAGUUGAAGAAAGUAAAGAAAGCAUUGUCAACAUGGAGCAAGGCAACCUAUGGUGAUAUAUUUCAGAAAAUAGAUAGUCUAGAAGAGGUGGUAUUGGUGCAUGAAGCUGAGUUUGAAAGGCAUCCAACAUAUGAAAAUAGAAAAAGAUUACAAAAAGUGCAAGCUGAACUCAUUAGAUAUCUGAGUUUAGAGGAGGAAUUUUGGAGGCAAAAAUCAGGCAUGGCUUGGUUUCAAGAUGGGGACAGAAAUACAAAGUUUUUUCAUGCACAAGUCAAUGGGAGAAGGAAAAGAUUACAGUUAAAAAGAAUACAGAAUGAAGCGGGAAUUUGGUUAGAAGAGGAAGCAGACAUGGCAAAGGAGGCAAUAAGGUUCCAUCAAGCCCAGUUUCAUGAGGAAUCUGCACCUAGCUCUUUUGAAAUAUUGCAACAUAUACCUAUUAUGGUGGACAAUGAGAAAAACAUGGAGUUAGUGCAGCAGCCUACCAAGGAAGAGAUCAAAACUGCAGUUUUUGGGCUUAGUGGAGAAAAAGCUGGUGGACCGGAUGGUUUUAAUGGUACAUUCUUUCACUCAUGCUGGGAUAUAAUUGCUGAUGAUAUAGAAGACAUGGUUAUAGCUUUCUUUAAUGGACAUGCAUUGCCAAGAUUUGUAACUCAUACAAACUUGGUACUUCUGCCAAAAAAGAAAGAAGUAGAGACAUUUUUAGACAUGAGACCAAAUAGUCUCAGCAAUUUUGUGAAUAAAAUUUUCUCAAGAGUGGUGCAUGAGAGACUGGCUGGUAUUUUGCCUAGUCUAAUUUCAGAGGAGCAGGCAGGUUUUGUCAAAAGGAGAAGCAUAGUGAAAAAUGUGUUAUUGACACAAGAAAUAGUUACUGAUAUCAGAAUGAGAACCAAGGAAGGUCCAAAUGUUGUGAUAAAAUUGGAUAUGACCAAAGCUUAUGAUCGUUUAUCUUGGCUGUUCUUAUCAAAGGUGCUGAGAAAAAUGGGAUCAACUAGAGGAGUCAAACAAGGUGACCCUUUGUCACCUGCCUUAUUUAUACUGGCAGCAGAAGCUCUUUCUAGAGGUUUAAACUCAUUACAUAAUAAUCCCAGCUUUUGUGUUUUUGGCCUUCCAAAAUGGAGUCUUAAGAUUAAUCAUCUAGCCUAUGCCGAUGAUACAAUAAUCUUCUCCUCUUCAGAUGCUAGAUCACUGCAACUCAUUAUGCAAAUCUUGGCAGCAUAUGAAACUGCUUCUGGGCAAUUGAUAAAUAGAAGCAAAUCAGCAAUCUAUAUGCAUCACUCAGCCAGAGUGCAGGUGAUAGAUAAGGUUCAGAGGAUUACAGGCAUUCCUAAGCAGGAAUUUCCAUUUACAUACCUGGGGUGUCCUAUUUUUUAA